AAUAGACCAAAGUAAAAUACCCUAAACCGGAUUGAAAGAAAACACGUGUUUGACCUUGUUAAACCCGUCUGCUCCCCCACCAUUGCAUUGCACCAGCAGAUUCUUCCAUUCCAAUCCUUAGGAAAAUCAUUGAAUCAAACUCUGCACUCACAAGAUCCCAUAAGCCCACCACCUAUAAUAAUCCCUUCAAAGCAUCUACAGCUCAUCUCACACCCACACCCACAACCACUUUCCUUUUCCUCUUUCAUCUCCGUCAAUCAAGCCAUUUACGCCUCCUUUUUUCUGUUUCUUUUCGGGUUUUAUUUGAUUUCUUCUCUACACCCUUUUCUUGAUCUGUUCUUUGUCAAAACUUUUUAGUUUUGUUGAAGAUUUCUGUUCGAGGUUUUAGAUUUUGAGUUCUUUUAUCCGCGAAGAUUUUUUUUUGGUCCCCCGUGUGGUUAAUCCAUGGCGGACUUGGUGAAACAAAUCUUGGCAAAGCCUAUCCAGCUUGCUGACCAAGUAAUCAAAGCUGCUGAUGAAGCCAGCGCUUUCAAACAAGAGUGCGCUGAACUCAAAUCCAAGACGGAAAAGCUCGCCGCUUUGCUUCGGCAAGCCGCUCGAGCCAGCUCCGACCUUUACGAGCGGCCUACGCGCCGGAUCAUUGAAGACACAGAGCAAGUACUUGACAAGGCUCUGGCACUGGUACAGAAAUGCCGAGCUAACGGCCUCAUGAAACGCGUUUUCACCAUAAUCCCUGCAGCUGCGUUUCGAAAAAUGUCGUCUCAGUUGGAAAAUUCUAUCGGAGACGUGUCGUGGCUUUUGCGCGUAUCGGCGUCGGCUGAUGAUCGUGACGAUGAAUAUUUGGGAUUACCUCCGAUUGCUGCUAACGAGCCAAUUCUUUGUCUUAUAUGGGAACAGAUUGCAAUUCUCUAUACUGGGUCACUGGAUGAUAGAUCUGAUGCGGCAGCUUCGCUGGUUUCGCUGGCAAGAGACAACGAUCGCUACGGGAAGCUGAUUAUUGAAGAGGGAGGGGUUCCGCCUCUGCUGAAAUUGGUCAAAGAAGGGAAAAUGGAAGGCCAAGAGAACGCCGCAAGAGCGAUUGGUCUACUGGGUCGUGACACGGAAAGCGUCGAAUACAUGAUCCACGCAGGUGUUUGCAUUGUGUUUGCGAAAAUACUCAAAGAAGGUCCUAUGAAAGUUCAGGCUGUAGUAGCUUGGGCUGUUUCUGAGCUCGCGGCGAAUUAUCCUAAAUGCCAAGAUCUUUUUGCCCAGCAUAAUAUAAUUCGUUUGCUGGUUGGUCAUCUUGCAUUUGAGACAAUUCAAGAGCAUAGCAAGUAUGCUAUUACCAGCCACAAAGCCACUUCAAUCCAUGCGGUUGUGAUGGCUAGUAAUAGUUCGACUGCUGCUUCUAAUGCGGCAUGGCUAACAAUACUUGAUGAUGAUCAGAGUCGAAUUCCUCAUCCUAUGGGUAAUCAGACACCAAGUCAGUUACACAACGUGGUCACCAGUACUAUGGCUUUGAAUGCAGCCUCCAAGCUGCCACAGCAACGACCUGGUUAUAAUAGUAAUGGAGCAAGCCAAGCCAACAUUGCCAAGAUCAAUAGCAAUGGAAACAACAGUAUGAAGCAAAAUCAUCAGCCCCAGCAACAGAGUCAUUUGCUUUCUGGGGCUAACAUUAAGGGCAGGGAACUGGAAGACCCUGCCACUAAGGCCAACAUGAAAGCAAUGGCAGCCAGAGCACUAUGGCGUCUUGCCAAGGGGAACUCCCCUAUUUGCCGCAGCAUAACCGAGUCAAGAUCCCUCUUGUGCUUUGCAGUUCUAUUAGAGAAGGGACCUAAAGAUGUUCAAUACAAUUCUGCCAUGGCUUUGAUGGAGAUCACUGCGGUAGCAGAGAAAGAUGCUGAUUUAAGAAGAUCAGCAUUCAAGCCUAAUUCGCCUGCUUGCAAAGCCGUUAUUGAUCAAUUGCUGAAAAUCAUUGAAAAAGCUGAUUCAGACCUCCUUAUACCAUGCAUCAAGGCUAUAGGGAGUCUGGCAAGGACAUUUCGAGCAACAGAGACCAGAAUGAUUGCCCCAUUGGUUAAACUUCUAGACGAGAGAGAAGCUGAGGUUUCUAGGGAGGCUUCAAUUGCCCUCACAAAAUUUGCCUGCACAGAAAACUAUCUCCACCUUGAUCAUUCCAAGGCAAUCAUACAAGCUGGAGGGGAAAAGCACCUAAUCCAGCUUGUCUAUUUUGGGGAGCAAAUAGUCCAACUCUCAGCAUUGUAUCUCCUAGGCUACAUUGCUAUGCACGUCCCAGACAGCGAGGAGCUUGCACAGGCUAAGGUGCUUACAGUGCUAGAAUGGGCAUCCAAGCAAUCAUUUGUGACUCAAGAUGAAACAAUUGAAGCGCUACUGGAAGACGCCAAAAGCAAAUUGGAGCUUUAUCAGUCCAGAGGUUCAAGGGGAUUCCAUUGAAUUCUAUCAAUAGAGUCUUUUAGCAUGUUCCUGCAUAUAAUUUUCUUGUUUAUUUCUUUCAACUGUGUCAUUCUAAUGGAGUGUACAUACAAUUAGUUUUCUUCUUUUCUAUAAUAUGUUUCAAAGCAUUUGAGUCCUUUGCAUAACUGCAGCUUCAUGCUAUGUUUUUCAUGCUCAUUGUUGGGACCGACUGGGGACCUUUACAUGAAUGAUCUUAAGUUUGCUGUAGGUCGAUUGAAGUUUGGUCACUUGGGGCAGGUCCCUCUGUUCCGCCCAUUUUCUUGAUUCUCAAACUCUAAUAAUAAUUAUUUGAUUUAGGA